AUGGGCGAUGAUACAUCCCCGAAGGAGCCGCAGAGCUUCAGCCCUGCCGAUCGCAUCGAGCAGCUGAACGCAGUGGAUAAGGUAUUACAACGAGCGCCAUUGAUGCACGGAGACUCGCUGACUCUUAUUGCCCAGGACUUGAACAAACUGGUAUGGUCCGCUGCCAGUGCAAUUGAGGUUUUAACCUCUGCAAAACUGGCCUCUUCAUCCCCCGCGAUCGACGGCUCGGUCGGCUCGCGCAAAGCCCUGUUCUCACAAGCCUGCAUGGUCUACUUUAAACUCCUCUCCUCGGUGGAUGUUCAGCUACGCCGCCAGGUACACGCCCUUGAAGAAUAUUUCUAUACACACGAGCUCGGCCCACCCGCAGUCGACCCAAUGGCUGGAGCCAAAAUCGAGGGAGGCGCGGAUAAUAAGUUCUCCACUUCGGGCUCGCUGGAUAUCGGCCAGCUCAAAGUACGGAAGGAUGCAGCCUGGAAGGAGUUGGAAGCUGAACGGUGGGCUGCUACUGAGGGUUUCGUUGUGGAGGAGAUUCUGCAGACGACCCAGGACGAAAAGCCUGCGAAUGAACCGCAGGAUAUGCAGGUGGAUUGA